AUGGGGUCUCCUUCGGUCCCUGGAGACCUGCUUGUGCUGCUGGUGUUCUUGCUGGUGAGGCCAUCCCUGGUCCAUGGAAUGGAGGGAAGAGACAACCUGACUGUUGUACAUUCCUGGUACCAGAUGAAGCUAGAAUGCUGGCAGACCAAGGAGAGGCCCGGGACGCACUUCGUGUUCACGUUCUUGGUCAAUGGGGAAGAGUUUGUCCGCUAUGACAGCAAUGAAAAGAAAUUCGUGGAUGUUGGGGAGAAGAGCCAGAACGUAAGCCAAGAUUGGAACAGACAGAGGGCCCUUCUGAGGAGAAAGUGGGUUGAAUGGGAUGACUUCUGCAUCCACAAUGGAGUUUUUUUGACCUUGAUCUCCAACCGGACCAGGCAUUUAGAUGUGCACGGGGAGGCGGAGUGCAAUUUCCCCAACAGAACGCGUCAGGCACAUUACCUGGAAAGGCAGAACUACAAUGGCGAAGAGUGUGUCAGCUUUGACAACGAGCUCGGGAGAUUUGUGGCCGUCACGGAACAGGGGGAAGACAUCGUCCGGCAGUGGAACAGCCACGAGGACUAUCUGAAGUUUUGGAAGACCAAAGUGGAAGACUUCUGCCAGCACAACUAUGAACUCCUGGAAGCAUUCUUCUCCCCAAAAGGCGAUGAAGCUUCAGAAGUACGGCCACUGGAUUUCGCCAGAAGCAAAAUGUGGACAGGAAUAGUGGGGCACGUGAUAGGCGUGGUUUUUGUGGCAAUGGGACUCUACUUCUACCUGAAGACUAAGCAAGCGGCUGAAACGUUGCGCCACAAAGCUCCCCAGCCAGAAGGUCUGGGAGGUGGAGGCCGCACUUGCUCCCAAUUCUGGCUAAGAGGGCUGUGA